AUGGAAUCGUGCCUGACAGAUAAUAACACCAGCGAUUCAGUGUCAAGUUUAAAUACCAAUACUAAUACUACACAAAGUUCAGAUGACAGUGAGACAAAUAAUAAUCAGCCAUUAAUUUUAGUAAAUUUAUCACCAUGUGCCAAAAAUAAAAAUAAGCUUCAAAGUUUUGCUUGGCUUCAUUUUGAAAAAAAAAAUGAUAAAGAAGCUGUAUGUAAAUGGUGUCAAAAGGUAUUUCGAAGCAGUGGUGGGACAUCUAAUUUAUUGUCUCAUUUAAAAAGCAUACAUAAAUUGUCUCCACCAAAUACUAAAAAUGAUUCAUCUGAUUGUGAGUCUUGUGAUGAUUCACGUGGAACAUCAGAAGAGGAAUAUUCAAGAGAUGGAGAGGAUGCUGGAAAUUUAACAAAUUCCAUAUUGUAUAUGAUAGCAGUAGAUCAAUUGCCAUUUACCAUAGUUGAAAAUAGAGGUUUCAAACAGUUGAUAAAGUUACUUGCUCCACUGUAUGAGCUUCGAGGUGCAAAAUCAUUCACAAAGCUGAUGGAUGAACGUUACGACACGUUAAAAAAUAAAAUGGUUUUAAAAUUAAGUACAUGCAUAGCUUUUAGUUUAACAUGUGAUAACUGGACCGACAUUAAAAACCAAACAUAUCUUGGUGUUACUGGCCACUUUCUAAUGCCAAAUUUUGAUGUUUUAAAUAUUAACAUUGGGUGUUUUCCAAUGGAAGACAGUCACACUGCUGUAAAUUUAAGAUUGGCUUUUCAAAAUGUAUUAAAAGAAUUUGAAUUGAAAGAAUCAAAACUAAUGUGUGUAACAUCUGAUCGAGCUGCAAAUAUAAGUAAGGCAUUGAGAGAAGCUGUUGGAGAAAAUAAACACCUGGGUUGUUUUGCUCAUGGUCUUUCUCAUCUUGUACCUGAUGCACUCAAUAAUAAUACUGAUCUUGAUAUGAAAAAACUAAAAGACACCAUUGAUAAAGUUAGAGCAAUCGUAAAGUUUGUUAAAAAAAGUACACUUGUUUCUGGUGAAUUGAAGAGACUUCAAAUGUUACUAGAAGAUAAACCAGAAGGUCAAUGUCUUAAAUUAAAAAAAGACAUGGCAAUAAGGUGGAAUUCAACUUUAUUUAUGAUUGAGAGAUUUUUACAAUUAGAACAACAUCUUCCAAUGUCAUUUAAAGCCUCUGAGGCAAAAUCUAAACCAUCAAUGUUAUCUCAAGAAGAGCUGGACAUUUUAAGAGAUGCUGUUUUAAUAAUGCAGCCUGUUGGCUUUGCAAUAACUGACAUUAGUGGGAAUAAAUAUCCCACUGUCAGCCUUGUAAUUCCACUUAUUAAUUGUAUGAGAAAAGAAAUUUCAUUGAUUGAACCACAUACAAUUUGUGGUAAAAAAUUCAAGACAAAUUUACAGCAACAAAUGGAACAUCGUUUUAAAAAUAUUGAGUGUAACAUAUUAAUGACAGUUGCUACACUCUUGGAUCCAAGGUUUAAAGAUGCACAUUUUCAAUUAAAUAUGACAAUUGUCAACACCAAAAACCAACUAAAAAAAAUCAUCAAUUCAACAUCAGCAUCUUCUGAUCCUGUCAUUGUCCAAAAUGCUGGAAAAACAUGCUCUUUAAACACUCAAAAGAGUUUGUGGUCACACCAUGCAGCAAUAAUAACAUCUAGAAAUACCAAAAAUGCUAGCUACAAUGAUUUUGAUAACCAAAUUUCAAAUUAUUUAAAAGAGCCACUUCUUUAUCCAGAAGAAAAUCCACUUGAAGCUUGGAAAACAUUACAAUAUUCAUUUCCACAAUUAUGCCCAGUGGACAAUGAUCAGGUUCUUUGUAAAUGUGGGAUAUUUCAUAAAAAAGAAUGUGCAGUACAGGCUCGAGGUCAAGAUGUGGGGGUUAUGGAUGCCUGUUGUGGAACUAAACGUGGCAAUAGGCACCAAUUAAAUGAUCAAUCUCAAAUUGAGGUCUCUGAUGAUGAUGAGAUUUAUCAAUCACCUGAUCAAGAUCGUUCCAUGCCAGUUCAAACACAGUCUAUACCAGUUCAAACUCCGUCUUCAUUCAAUGCAGCAGAUUUACAUGUGCUCAAGGAUUUGUUCUUGAGGCCAUUGGGUAAAGUUCAAUAA